AUGAAUGAAAAAGUCGUUGUUCUUUUUAUUUUAGGGAUGGGAGCUGUCAGGCUGUAUGAGGAUUACAUGGACGAGGUCGAUCGGGAUGAUGAUGAGGAGGAGGACCGUUUUAAGAAACGGAAGAUAAGCCGUCGCGACGUGAGGGAUGAGCUUGUGCCCCCAGCAAAUACAUUCGAAAUGGUUGUUGAGGUCCAACAAAACAGGUUCUUUGAGGGUUCGACGAAAAGCUGUGGUGACGUCGGGCCACUAAAUUGUUCUUGCAGGCGCCUUUUCUGUUUUGGAGGAUACUGCAAGAAGUUGGAGAAAUAUCACCGAAGAUCUGCGUUCGACGUACGUUCAUUGAACAUCUCCUCAGUUUUCACCCCUGCUCAUCCUGUUUGGGUUAAGAUAUGUCGUCAGACUGUCUUAUGGGGGCAGAAUCUGUGCGAAUGUCGACGGUACCUAUCGAGUUGGGACUCGGUAAAAUAUGACAUCACGGCUUUCGUAAACGGAAAAGAGUUCUUGAAUUAA